ACGUUCUUCCAUCGCUGCGGUGCAGUGUUGAAGCAAAAACAAAACAAAAUCAAAACGUUGGAAAAAAAGCAAUUUAUUUUGGAAAUUAUUAAGGUGGGCCUGUUCGUUCGCGCCUUCAGCAUGGCGUGGCGUUCCGUGGGAGCCAAUAAUGAAGACCUGAUUCGUCAACUGAAGGAGCACGGCGUCAUAGCCAGUGAUGCAGUGGCCAAGGCGAUGACAGAGACCGACCGAAAGCACUACUCUCCGCGGAACCCCUACAUGGACGCCCCACAACCCAUCGGAGGAGGUGUCACCAUCAGUGCACCUCAUAUGCACGCCUUCGCUUUGGAGUAUCUGCGCGAAUACCUAAAACCCGGUGCACAUGUGCUGGAUGUGGGCUCUGGAUCUGGGUACCUCACGGCCUGCUUCUAUCGUUACAUCAAGGCUAAGGGCGCCAGCGCCGAGACCCGCAUCGUGGGCAUCGAGCACCAGGCUGAUCUGGUGCGACUUAGUAAGGCCAACUUGAACACCGACGACCGCAGCAUGCUCGACUCCGGCAACUUGCUGAUUGUCGAGGGCGAUGGGCGCAAAGGAUAUCCCGCCAACGCCCCCUACAACGCCAUCCAUGUGGGAGCUGCUGCUCCGGACACGCCCACCGAACUGAUCAACCAACUGGCAAACGGUGGACGCCUAAUAGUGCCCGUGGGCCCCGACGGCGGCUCCCAGUACAUGCAGCAGUACGACAAGGACGCCAAUGGAAAGGUGGAGAUGACUCGACUUAUGGGCGUGAUGUACGUGCCCCUUACAGACCUACGCUCCUGACUACACCGUGUGGGAUCGACACUGGUUGUGGUGGUGCUGCUCGGCUUGAUUCUCUACCAAUUUUGGGCUUAUCGCUAGUGCUAAUUAUCCAAUCAUAAUUCAAAUGCUUGUUUUCACGUUGAGUCCAAUUAAAUAAGUUUCCUGAACAAACUCA